AUGGAUAAAAAAUUGAAGAAGUCUCGAUGUGUCAGUGGCAAGUCAAAUAAUGCAGAACGAACGGAGAGUAAAAAGGCGGGUAUUUCGAUUUUUUUGGAGGAAAAUUUUUUUUCAAAAAUUUUUUUACCAAUUUUUUCAAUUUUUUCUGAAUUUUGCGAAUUUUUUUGGCCAAAUUUUUCGAAUUUUUCAAUUUUUUGGCCAAAUUUUUUUCAAUUUUUUGAUUUUUUUUGGCCAAAUUUUUCUGAAUUUUUCGAUUUUUUUGGCCAAAUUUUUCGAAUUUUUUAAAAUUUUUUUUGGCCAAAUUUUUCUGAAUUUUUCGAAUUUUUUUGGCCAAAUUUUUUUCAAUUUUUUGCCAAUUUAAAAAAAAAUUAAAAAAAUUUUGGCUCAUGCUUCGAUAAAGACACUUUAAAAUUUCUGUUUUUAUCUAUGGCGAAGAAAUCACGUCCAUUUUCCAUUCCAGGUCCUCACCGGACAGCCCGCGCUUACCUCGAAACUUCAUGGGCUCGAUGAAGAGCUGAAGGUGAGAAUUUUGCUUUUUAUUGCUCUUCGUAUCUUCCCAUUUUUCGUAAAUAUUUCUUUUUACAGAGAAUCAUGCGGACUCGCCGUCCCAGAAGUUAUCUGGUUGAAUCCAGCGAACAAGACGAACGACCGCCGGGCCAAUUUUUUCUGGCUUCGGAAAGAGAGGCCAAUCUGGAACCAGUGGUGGUCGAUGAUAAAGAGGACGAAGGUAAAACUAAAACGGCUUUUUAACAUUUAUUUUGGCUAACUAGGAAAUAGUAUGAUGAAAUGAGGGAAAAAGUUCCUUAUUUUGGCCACAACAAAGGUACUCCGCGAACUGCGCCCAAGCUUGGGCACUAAAGUUGGGAAAAAACGCUUUGACCUAGCUGGCACUGGAUUACUAUAAUAGCUCUAUAGUUUUAAGGGUACCUACGAAGGCUACGACGACUCAUUUAGUUCCAUACGGAGGCAAUAAGUUUGGUUCCGGACAUGUUUCAUCGUAUAAAGUGUAAAAUCACAGGCUGCAGCCGUUUUUGAAGGGUAAUGUGGUACGUAAAAAAGAAGGUACCUCGCUGACUAAAUCCACCGUCCGGGCAUUGACAACGAUGACUUGAGCGUGCACGCUAAAUUUGGGCUAAUUCCGACCAGUUUCCGCAAAGUUAUAAGUUGUGGCCAGAAUAAGGAACUUUUACCAGGAAAGCUCCUCAAGUGCAACUCUCAGAUUUUCUUUGAAUUUUACACACUUGUUGCGCAUGGACCACAUAUCAAAUCCUGAAUGUUUUAGCUCGCGUUUUGCAGGCGCAGCCGAGAUAUUCAACGAUCUUUGCGGCCAAAGAGAGUACGCGAAAUGCGGAGAGCGGUCAGGCAAAACACUUUUUUGGCCGUAUCUUUGCUAGUUUUGCGCGGAAAAAAAAUAUUUUUUGUGGAAACGUUACACUCUGCAGUAAAAAUAGGCGUAAAAAUUUUCAUGCCAAAAUUCGCAAAAAAAGUGUCAAAUUUUUGUAAAUUUUCGACCUAAAAUCUCGGUCGUUUCUGCAAAGUGCGAGCUAGGAAUCCCGCAUUUAUGUUACAAAUUGUUAGGAAAAAUUUAUCUACAUCUGGCUUAAUUUUCAUCAAAAUCUGAAUGAGUCUCGCAGUAAUUUUCAAAUGAAAUUUGGCAGAUUUUUUUUGAUAUUUAGGUGGUCAAAAAAUAAAGAUUACUUUUGAAUAAGCAGUAUGGUAUUUCUACAAAAACUCAAUUUUUUCCGGGCAAAAUCCGCAAAGAUACGGCCCAAGAACAAAUUUUUGUCUUACCGACUCUCUUCAUUUUAUGUGCUCUCUCGAAAUCUUGUCUCAUAUCUUUGUUGUUUUUAGAAAAGGCGCUGUAAAAUUUUUAGUGAUUGUUUUAUGGCCUGUGUAGAAUAUCUGUGCAAAAUUUGAAGUAAAUUGAACCUCCACCUUGGAGUAAUACCCCUUUCAAUAUCAACCGAAUAAGCGAUAUAAUUUCCUUUCCAGAGAGCCUCGCGGAAACCGAAAAAUGCCCGAUUACCACGCGAAGCGACGACUUGAUUGCGGUGAAUGUGCAGGAUCGUCUGGUCAACUUGGAUGGACGACAUUUUUUGAUCAGAGAAUUGGAUCCGGUCACUUCGGACAGGGAGGGACUUCAGGUUGAUAAAGAAGAGUUGAGACGGAUGAUACAAAGAGGUGAAGACCUCAGAAAAAAGUAAGAAUAAGCCGUCUUUUAGGACUGGAGUCUGAUUUUUGAAUCGGAAAAACCCUCAGGCGAAAUUUUUAGUUAUUUUUUAUAAAAAGCCCUCAGGCAAAAACUUUAAUUUUACUCUAAGUGCGACCGGAUUUUUAUGAAACUUGGCACAAAUUUAGAAUAAUUUUUUCGAAGACAUAUGCGAAACUCCUAGCUCGCGCUUUGCAGGAACUACCGAGAUUUUAAGGCCGAAAGUUGGAGAAAUGUAAAAAAAUUUUUUGCGAAUUUUGGUAUGAAAAGUUGCAUAGCCACUUCUACUGUAAGGAGUAAUGUUUCCACGAAAAAAUCAUUUUUUUCUGCCCAAAACUGGCAAAGUUAUGGGCAAAAAAUGUUUAUCUGUGACCGCGUACUCUCUUGGUCUCGAAGAUUGCUGAAUUUCUUGGUUGUGUCUGGAAAGCGCGAGUUAGGAUUUUCAGGAAUUGAUAAGUGGCUUUUGUUUCACGUGUGUGCAAAAUUUAAAGAAAAUCUGAGCGUCGCGCUUCGCGAAAAUUACCUUGGUCCCCCCUUACCAUUGUUUCCUUCGAUCCAGGUCUGAGGCGGUAUCUCCCCCGUCUAACUAGGCCCCUGGUCAAGCAUAUGUCCAAAACUUAAAGAAAAUCUGAGCGUUGCAGUUGGAAGCCUUGAUUUGCGAACCCUUCUCUGCAACCAAACAUGCCUGUAGCGAGGAAAUUUUUUAGGUCCCUUGCGAUUCGUUGCACAAAAGGUCCACUGUAGAUAAACUUUUGGUUUGUCGGAAAAAUAAAAAGCACAAUGUUGCUCCGCCGAUUGCAUCGCUGAAUUGAAAAGCAAUUUGAUUUUUCCGCGUCACAAUUCAUUUUCCCGGCGGCAAUACGAUUUUCGAUGCGACAGCGCACGUCAAACUGAGGAGUCCGGUGACCGGAAUAGACCCUUCGCUAUCGGUUUUUUACACAUUGAUUUCACAGAGAGAGAGAGAGAGAGAGAAAAAAGACAUGCAAAAGCGUACUCUCUCGCCCCAAAAAUUCCCUAUUUCUUCCCCGACAAAACCUUUUUUCGCGUCUUUUUUUGGCAAAUUACCAAUCCUAUACUGUUUUGGCUUAUCUCAGUUUGACGUGCAGCGUGCUCGUGAUUUGUCUGAUAGACUGAUGUAAAAACUAACGUCUUCAGAUAUUGCGGCUGCCAUCCGGUUGCUCCACAGCCCAAGGGAGCGGAGGAUGAGCUGUGGAUGGACGAUCCGGAACCUGUGAAUGACGAUGGAGUACCGAGUUCUGAGCCGGCCACCACUAAAAUUAACCACUUUGAUGGAGCCGAGAGGCCCGAAAGAUAUGAGAAAGUGAAGAAGAAUUGCUCAACUUCUAACAACGUUGAGCCGAUUCGUCCGGAAAGUCAUCGGAAUUUGAAUGUUUCUAAUUCUGAAGCGAAGAAAAAGCAGCCAAAAUCUGAUGACGUAAAAGAUUCAGGAGAAGAUUUGGAAGUCAAUACGGCAAAGGAAACCCCUUCGAAGAUCCGACUGACCAGCUUGCAAGGGCAAGAUGAGAAAUUGACGGAGAAACCGCCGGUCCAAAAAAAGUCUUGCCCAGUUCUUUUGGAGGAUAUCCCAGCGAUCAGCCCGACUGAACCAACUCAAGAAGGAGACGAGGGGAAAGAGAAGAGCAAUGAGAAAGAUGUGGAGGUCGAGCCGGAAAAAAGUUGUGGAGAUAGAGCCAAAGGUAGGUGGAAAGAUGUAACAAAAAAUUUAUAUUAUACUAGGUGGAUCAGAAGGGUCUCGAGGGACCAAGGGAAGAUUUUUUUGAAAUUUCGCACAGAGAUUUGACAUGCUGGAAAUGUUAUCUGCUGAAAAUUUGAGUCUAUGAAUUGAAGGUAGCGCGCAGAUAUAUAGAAAAAAGUUAUAUUGUACUUGAAGGUUCAGCCCUAAAGUUGACGUGGUCAGAUUUCUUUGAAAUUUUGUAGGCAUGCUCUGUCUGGGCUAUAGAUAAAUCACCAAAAAUUUGAAAGAAUGAUUUAGAGGCCGAACAGGGAUAUUGAUAGCAAAGGGUAUAUUGAGUGGGUAGCAUGAUAUAUCCGCCAAAAUUCAAUUUUUUCCGAGCAAAAUCCACAAAGAUAUGGCCAAAAAAGCGAAUUCUGUCUUGCCGACUCUCCUCAUUUUACGUGCUCUCUCGAAAUCUUGUCUCAUAUCUUUGAUGCUUCUAUAAAAUACGAGUUAAAAUUUUCAGUGAUUGUUUUAUGGCCUAUGUAGAACAUCUAUGCUCAUUUUUAAGUAAAUUGAACCCCCACCUUUGACACAAUGCCCCUUUGAAUAUCAACAGCAUGAGCAAUAUAAUUUUUUUCCAGAGAGCUAGGUAUUGCUGUUGGCGCUUCAAAACGAUUUUUUCUUGGGUGAUUUUGAUCGAAAAUUUUUUUUUUCUUCGUUUUUAGAUAAAAAGCCGCCAAAACCACCCCGCCGCAAGAGCCCUUCUUCUUCAAGCUCUUCAAGUUCAUUAGGCCCAAAAUUGGUCGAUCGCCCAUCCAAGAGUGGCGUUGUUUCCAGCGCCGAUCGUUAUGUGAAGCCGAGGAAGAGCGGCUCCGAGUCCAAGGAGCAGCAUCGAACUCGAAAGCCGAGUGGUCAGAACGCGACGUGCAGAGAUUGCAUCUUGUCUUGCGGAUGCGCCGAAAAGCCGAAGGAGAAGAAAACGCUGGUCAGGAAUCUGGAUUUGGCCCCGAAAUUCAAGGUGAGUUGAGUAGUUUGAGGUUGGAAAUGGAUUGGGGUUUUAGGGAGGUGACUCAAAUGUAGGAUUUCUUUGUCUAUUUUUUUUUCGAAAUUUGUCUCAAUUUACCGGAAAAAAUUUGACCCUAUAAAGUUUCAUAUCUGUGAUAUUUUUGCCGUAGAAAGCAAUGUUUCUACAAAAAAAACCAAUUUUUUCAAGGCUAAGCUUGCAGAGAUAUGGCUAAAAAGUGAUGUCGACGAGGGAUCAUGGAGAAUGAAGAGAGCGGUCAGAGAGAAGAAACUUUUUUAGCCGUAUCUCUGCAAAUUUUGCAUGGGUAAAAUUGAUUUUUUGUGGAAACAUUAUUCUCUACGGUAGAAACAGGAAUAAAACUAUUCAUGCCAAAAUUUGCAAAAAAGAUGUAACAUUUUUUCCAACUUUCGAGGUAAAAAUAUCGGUUUUUUUGCAAAGCGCGAGGUAGGGGUUUCACAGUGGACGACCUGAUCCAGUGGCAAAAAACGUACCAUUUUGCAUCCGGGAAGGAUAAAAAAUGUGGCAAAAUGCUUCCCUGUUCAAGUGAAAAAACGUCGUUUUGAAGGGUGCGCUGAAAUCUAAAAAGUUUUUUCACUCCGAGAGUGAGGUUUUUGCCACAUUUUUUGAUGCUUCCUGGAUGCAAAAUAAUACGUUUUUUGCCACUGGAUCAGGUCCCGCUGUAUAUCGUAUAAAAAAUUUGGCCAAAUUUUUGACAAUUUUCAUCAAAAUCUGAGCGUUGUAAUUUGAGAACUUUCUCUAUAAGACCAAAUUAAAUAUCUGUACAACCAAACCUCUCUAAAACAAAUAUUUUUUUAAUACCCCUGGGAUUUUGCCAAAAAAAUUGUAAUUUUUUACCAAUCUCCUUUUCCAGACCGAGCAGCUCCCGCACGGCGUCAUUCUGCACAUCAAAUUCUCGGUGCACGCGCCCACCGGCCUCACUCGCGACGUGCACGCCAUCUUCGACAUGCCCAACUACCAACUUCGUCGUAUCGUCGUGGACGGCGCCGAGUAUUAUCGUGUCUAA